GCUGAGCAACUGAUGACCUGUUCAUUUUUCUGAGGGCUUUACCCCUCGUAAAGGAGCAGCAUCACAAGUUCUUUUUUCAUUUAUUCCAAAAUGACCACUUACAGACACCUUGAAUGUACUGACUACUGCAGUUUUGAACGGGCAUUUACCACUGUGAGCGCGCGGGACGCGACGGUCACGUGGUCGCGUUCAUCACGUCGAUAUUCGAUGGUCUCGCGCAAUCCCAUCCGAACGGCAACUACGCAAGCCGACGAUGGCGUCGUCCUCAUUUACGGCGUCGCUUUUGCGAUUGCUCCUGCAGUUGCACUCCUUUCACUGCAAUCAUCGACAUGGAGACUCUUUCGGUCGAAUUGCACGCACAAAUUUUCGACUACGCCUGCACCGAUGAUGGCUCAACUGCUCGCUCGCUCUCGCUCGUAUCUCGCUAUAUGCGUGAGGUCGUAAGGCCCUUUCUCUACCAGUCUUUGGUCGUCAGCGGCUUUGACCAGAUGUCUGAGCUGGAAGCGCGCAUCCGCCAUUUACCCCCAUACCUUCGUCGCAUUCGCCACCUUUUUCUGUCGGGCCGGAAGAAGUCGCAGGUUGCUGAGGAGAGAGAUAUAGAACAUCGCGAAGUGGAGGAGUCUCUUGCCAAAAGCAUUCUAACCCUAGCUGCACCGACUCUAGAGGCGCUGACGUUGAUCACCUCGUUCCCCCUCAGCAGCACUUCCAUGAUCACGUACCUGUUCUCCUUGUCGUUACCUCAAUUAUGCGAGUUGUCGAUCAAGGGAUUCUACCCAUUUCCCAGCAAGCGUCUCGCAAUGCCUCGCUUAGAGCGCCUUCAUCUCUCGGGUAUCCGUAAUCCGCAUGGGCUGUUAGGCUUCGGCGCGCUCGACGCUGCAUGCCCGUCCCUCACACACUUGCGCAUCUCCGGGCUCGUGUCUGCAGUCUCCUUCGCCUGCGAGCUGCGAGAAGCUCUGCAUCCAGAACGGAGCACUCCAUUGCGAUUUCCUGCGACGCUCCCUCGCACCAUCGAGCAUGUCGUCGUGCAGUCAGGCUCUUUCCCGAAGGGCUUUCACCAGUACAGCGCUGCGCGCAUGGGCCACGCCGAGAUGGCUGCCACACUGGAGGAGCUGCUCCUCGCCGCCGAGGACACAGAGGUUAAAUUCACUCUGUCAUGUCAAAACGAUGAUACGUACGAGGGGAUGUUGCGUAGCUGGACGGAUAGGUUAGGCAAUGGCGAAGGUUGCUGGUCAACACAGGCAUCUAGAACAUAACGGACAGUGCACUCAUCGAUAUACCGUAGAUUGCAUAGUGGCC